GGGGUAUUUCGGUAACUUUAGGAGUUCAGUUAUAAGGGUUUGUUGGCGGAGUGAGGCAAAUCUGUCCCUUCCCCAGCCUCCCUCCCUCCCUCCCUCGGCGAAACAAAAGCUACUUCAAUUAUUAAACCUGUAGGUAAAAACAAAUCACACAAGAGGAUGGGAGCAGCAGAGGUUUUUACUGAUCCGUCAAGCUUAUAUGAUGUGGGCAACAAUGAUUCGUGUGACACUGAAACGGUGCAGGGCGUGAGAAACGCCCUUGCAUCUGCCCAGAAUGGGGAAUCAGACCGUUUCGACCAGCUUGUUGAAACAAUUCAGAUCAACGAUAGAUCUGAUGCUGCUGCUGCUGCUGAGCUUAAUACACUCUUGAAAGCUUUAUCAGGCUCUGUGGCUUGCAUAGAUAUCACUCACCAUCAAAAGCUUCUCUCUGCGAUAUUUGGAAUGUCAUUGUGGAAUCAGAGACCUCUUAUCAUGGAUGCAUUGGUGGGCCUACUCAUAUCACUGGCUGCCACCAGUGGAAAGUAUCUGGACUCUUGUCUGCAUAUGCUCGUAAGACACUUCGUUCCACCGCCUUGGGUAAUCAAUAGACUUUCACAAAGCCGUGUAAGCACCCAGAAGGGAGAAGUUCUUUCUCGUGUUCAUGAGGCUCUUCUGAAGAUCUCUCUUUUGGUUCCUCUUGCUCCCUCGAGACUAUUCCCCAUGCUCUCCCAGCAGAUGCCCAAAAUGAACAAAAAGGACCAGGACCAGGUGAGUCUUUCUUUCUUUCUUUUUUUGUGUGGUAAACUAGCUCAACUUAGCAGAAGCUGUUUUAACGUCUUGCAGGUGGUAGUGACUUAUGUGGAGAACUUAUUGAAGUUGGAGAGUAGCUCAAUCGGUCAAGUUGGUGGCAACAUGAUCUUUAUGAUGGUGAUGGAGAGGCUACGAGAUUUGGAUUUGGAGAUUGAUUGGGAUGAUAUUCUGCAAGAUGACUCUAGUAGAGGCAUGUUUGAUAUGGAACUUGAAGAUGCUAUGAAUGAAGGAGACGAGCUUCCAGCGGGGUCUGUAAAUCAGGAUACAUCAAGUGGAAAGAUAGCUUUUGAGUCGUUGGACAAAUUGAUGGUCACAUCUUUUGAUCAUCUUGAAUCCUGUCAAGAUGCUGGCCGUUUGGAUCAGGUGUUUGAAAAGCUCUUCGAGUCAUUUGAGAACUUCAUUCUGAAUACCUACAAAUCCAAAGUCUCCCAGUUUCUCAUGUUCUAUGCAUGUUCACUGGAUCCUGAAAAUUGUGGUGUGAAAUUUGGGAGUAAGCUGCUGGACAUUUUUCUCUCCAGCAACAAGCCUCGACCUACUAGGAUGAGUGCGGUGGCUUAUCUAGCUAGCUACUUGGCUCGUGGAAAGUUUUUACCUGUUUCCUAUGUGGCUAGCAUGUUAAAAAGGUUAGUAGAUGAGUGUGCGGAUUACUGUAGGAUCUGCAAUGAUGAUAUAAGGCCUGAAGCACAUCAGCUUUUCUAUUCAGGAUGUCAGGCGAUCAUGUAUGUGCUGUGCUUCCGUAUGAGAUCCAUCCUAGAUGUUCCUCGCUUUCGGUCCGAGCUUAUACCAUUGGAGUCAAUUUUAAUGCACAAACUAAACCCAUUGAUGGUAUGCCUUCCAUCGGUAGUUGCAGAGUUCCUUAAACAAGCUAAAGCAGUUGGUCUGUUCGUCGUCUCAGACUCCUUCAUUUUCGAUGACCUGCUUGAGUCUGAGCUUUCUCGUGCGUUUGGCGGGCGUGAGAGACUUGAUACAUUCUUCCCCUUUGACCCUUACUUGCUGAAAAGCUCUAACAGCGUCAUCUCCCCGAAUUUCAUCUACUGGUCAACGAUGAUGAACCAAGAUGACGAUGAUGAUGACGAUGCUGAGAUAAUUGUGAAUGGGGAUGAGGAGAGUGAUGAAGAAGAGGAGGAAGAAGGUGAUCUUGAUUACGCAAUGGACAAGAUGUCCAUAACGCCUAAGCACUCUUUCAAGAACAAGAUGGAAAGAGACAGACUUAUGAAAAUGCCUUCCAUGAUCAGACCUUCUACUAGUCCUCAAUCCCUUUAAUCUUUUUGGUACGCAUUUUUUGUAAGCAACAUCGACUCAAAAACUCUUUUAAUAUAUGGAAACAGUGCUUGUUCUUGAAAGAAA